AUGAGAGCAGUCAGUGGUGCGCAGGGACUGGGAACGUUGCCGCAGGGAAUCGGCUCCAACGACCCCAAAACGCCUGCAGAGUAUGCCUUGAACGUCCUGAUGAGUCGGUGGGUGCAAUUUGCAGGAUCCAAAGUCGAGGCUUGCAUGCAUAGUGGGGACCGCGAGAUCGAUCUCAACGCAGAGUAUGCCGAGGGUGCCGACGAAGUCUUUGACGCGCUGUUGAGCUCCAUCGCCCACGUCGCUCGCAAGAGCACCAGCGCGGUCGUGCAUUCUUUGAAAAGGUGGCGCGAUCUGCAACUCGAAAUUUCUGUGGAUGCGGAAGCGGUACGGCAGAGUCUGGCUCAUCUCGGGCAUUCAGCCACUAGCAUAGCAGCAGCCACGACUGGAUUUGCAGGAGGUCAGCUCGGAGUCAAGGACGCUGCUGCGCUGCUGAGCCGCCGGAAAGCGCUAGCAUCUGCCUAUCUGCUUUGCCGAGCACUGGGCAAAGUCGCCGAGCAGUCUGGCAUCGGAACGCUAUCGGAAAGUGCCGCGCACGCCAUCGAAGCGGACAUCUUUGGCAUCAUGCUGGCAUGCAGCCGGGAGCGCACAGCUAAAUCGGACCUCCAGGCUGCUGCGUUUCAAAGCGCUGCCGCACUGUUGGGCCAGCUCUCGAGCAAGAGAUUCGUCGCCAUUGGAGAUCGCUUCGUUGCCCUCCUAGAGCAGUGCGCAAAGUCGCCAUCGCGCGAAUCCGAUAGCAUCGCAUCGGUGGCCGUUCAAGGCGCCGCUUACCUCAAGAUCACCGUAUACCCCAUGGAACUCUUCGAGGAGGGGGCCGACUUUGUCGAGACGUUGUCGCGCUACUUUGCCGCCAGCCAUGGUCAAGUACUCAAGUCUACAUACGCCUCUGCACUCACCCACAUUCUGCUUCCAGUUGCCCAGCUGGCGUCAGCAGAGCUCAACCACCCUACCUGGCUUCGCGCUCUCGAAGCCGUCUCUCCACGCGCACUGGCAAUGUGCGGCAAGCCGCGGUACUGGCAGGUAGCUUACCCUCUCUACGUCGCGUGCCUGUGCGCCUCACCAGAGGAGCGCCUGCUGCAAGCCGCAUCUGGUGGCUGGAACUGGAUCUCUUGCAUCGAGGCAGGCAUGGCAAAGCUAAAGGACCGCGGCACGCGCAACAUCGUCCUCAAUGCAGCCGUUCGUCUCCUUUGGGCGUACAUCUUUAGGUGCCGCGAGAGCAGCAACACCACCACCAAGCGAUUGGAGCACUUUUUCCGCCUCUGGUUCCCCACUCAACGUCCCGUAGUCUUGCCGUCCGAUGCGAGCCUGAUUCCACACAUCGUCAUGACCCACCUCGUUCUGUACCGGCACUUUGACUUUGGCCGCGAUCUGGUCCUCGACUUUUUGCGAGCUUCGGCACUGAGUGGCAAUACGCUCUCCCUGCAGCCCGAAUUGCUGUGGAAGCAGCGCAUGACGAUUGCAGUGCGAGCAAUCACGCUCACGCUCGACGCGUACGUGCAAGAAAAGUCGCCGCCGUUCCCUUCGCACCCAGACUUUGCGACCUUCGCUGGCCUGACGCUUGAACAGCGAUCUGGUCUUGGAGACGAGCUUGCGCCAGAUUUCAAAUGGCCAAGACCCGAAAUCGGCGAGGCGCAGAGCACCUUCAACGACCUCAUCGGCAAGGUUGCGCUGAUCUGCGAUCAUCAAGUCGGCUCCGCAAGCAUUUUUGAGGAUGGGCUCGCAAUCGUCCGGAGCGGUGCGCCUCGACCUCAAAUCGACGACGAACGUCUGGUGUGGCUGCUACACUCCACCCUGCGCACGACUGUGGCAUUCCCGCGCGAUCACGAACCGUAUUGCGAGCUGCUACGUGCUUGCUUCGACUCUUGGCCACGCUGCCUCAGCGCCAGCAUACCAUUCGGUAGCGUGCUGUCCGCCCUCUUUAGGGGUUACUUUAGCGCCGAUCCCCGCUUGUCUGCCUCUGCCGCAGAAAGUCUGCGUCGCAUCGCGCAGCAGCGCAAAGGCGGAGCAGCGGCCAUCGUCUCUGGGUUUAUGCGCUACCUCUUCAAAAUGGACGUCGCCUUUUGGGAGACGCACCCCCAUCAAAGCUUGCUCUUGGCAAAGGUCGAGCAUGCUGUGAAGCUCUGGACGGAUUUCCUCAACACGUGGCUCAACGAGCUCCGCAAGAGCCAAGACAAGCACGGGAUGGAACGUACAAGCGCUUGGGCCAUCAUCGACGAAGUGGAAGCGUACGGCUUCUUCUUGCUGUGUUCGGCAUGGCGCGCGUUGCGCAGACACGCGAUCAGCAUUCUCCGCCUCGUCGCCGUUCUCGACGAGACGUUUCUGAACCCCGCUCGCCGCAAAGCUUUGGCUACUGCGAGGGCCAUGGGAGAGGAAGAAGACGCUUCGCGCGUGAUUCACCUCCUCGACAAGCCUUGCGCAGAGUACUGCAACGAGGAGGACGCGUCGCUGUCAGAAUCGCAAGUGGCCAGAAUCAAGAAAUGGAGGCGCCCCAGCAGCGCCGAAGCUCUCAGCGAGCUGGCAGAGAGCGAUGGCUCCAUCGAGCAUUCCCUCUGGCAGCACGUGCUUCCGCACUUUUUGAGAAUGUGUCUUGAGCACUUUCCGACCACCGUCGCCGUCUUUCGUUCGUACGUCACGCGCCGCGUGCUCGCCAUGGAAUCGGCAGUGGCAAAUGUAGCCGGAAUGCACACCGCUGGAACGACGCGGACCGUGACUGGAUCUGGUGCUGCGCUGCCUACCAGCGUUGCCGAGCAGCAACUGAUGGCGGCGCAUUGGAAAUUGUACGUCUUGUGCUUGUGCACCACCACGACGUCUUCGGAACGCGAGCAUGCCAGGCACGCAAGCGGCGGCGGCGGCGGCGGCGGCGGCGACGAUGCCAACGAGCGGGGUAUCGCGGCCAAGGACCUCUUUCACAAGCUUGUGCCCUUUCUCGGAACCGAUCAAGCUCAAUACAGAGACGCGGUGGUCAAUGCGCUCGGCAACAUCAACGGCAACCUAUAUCGUGCCCUUUUGGAGACGACGCAGACGGUCAGUGCGCAGCUCAACGACGACUUUCGCCAGCGGUCAGCUCCAAAGUCGGGUCAUCGCAAGAGUCGACACUCGGAACGGUUGCGAACCGCCGUGGCUCACGUCAUGCAGCUGACGUCGACGCACAUGGGACAGCAGGAUGCGGUGCGCGACGUUGCGAUCGCGACGUUCAUCCUGAAUUGGAUCAAGGACACCUUUGCUUUCCUUACCGAUCGAGAAGUAAGACAAGACUGGGAAUUUCACAGACUGCGCAGAUAUUUUUGCGGGGUAGUGGAAGAGUUCACAAAUGCCCUCGCAAAGCUCCAUCAGACCGAAAGUCACCUCAAUUUUGACAUGCGCUUGCGCAUGUUUCGUCUGCUUCGCGAAUAUCACAGCUUUAGUCAAGCGGCAAAGGAUGGCCCAGCAAAGCUGGCAAACCUGUUGGCGUCCGUUGGAGAGCAGUAUCGCGACGACAAACACCGCGAGGGUGUUCUGACAGCGCUUCGAAACGAGACGCAACAGCUCUCCUAUCACGCAGGCAGUGCGAUGGCUAGCCUCUGCCAGGGUGCCAUCUCUCUCGUAGGAAGCGCUGCACCCGCACCCAUGGCCGGGUCUUCCCUCGAUGCUGAUUCCCUGCUCUCGUGGCUAGAGCACCUAUUCAGCAGUCACCACGCGCAGUAUCACGCCGUUGCUCGUCGUGCUCUGCACGCCUUGCUGAUCUACAAUGCGACGCAUCCUGAAUUGGUGGGCAAGACGAUCAACCUCUGUUUUGCGGAAGCAGAAGACGUUGCGGCGCCGCGGUCCUUUUUUGCCGUUCUGGGCAAGGUGUUGGUUGAGCACGACACGUUUGACGUGCCGAUCCAUCAAAGCCUGUGCCUUGGCCUCAUCAAGCUUGGACAUCCCGAUCACGAGAUACGGCGGAGAGCCUUUGUGCUCUUGGAGUCCCUCGGUCGAAAGUGUCAGAGCGAUCUCGGCCUGCAAGAUCUCGAGGCUGGAGUAGCAAGUCCGCUCCCAGCAACCUACCUGCGCGCACAGAGGGAGGUCUCUGCUCACCUCGCCUUCAGCCUGCCCCUGCUCAAGAUUGCCAUGCUGUCCGAGUACACUUUGCGUCUUCCGACCAUCGACAUUGGCAGGCGCGCGACCACCCUUGGCCUCAUCCCAGAAUGGCUGGACGGCCUCGUGCUUUCUGAAUCGCUUCCAUUCUCGGUCGCUGACCAUUACAGAGCUGAUGCGGAAGUGCCUGGAACCACAUUUCUCAUUCUCACCAACCUGACUUUCCUCACGAUCAAGUACGGUGACGAGCACAACUUUGAGAUACAAGACAUGUGGACGAGCUUGGCCGAAGGCCCUGAACCUGGCAUCAAUGCCACUUUCAUCGUUCGAUUUCUCAUCGAGCAGGCUCUUCACUUUCGAAGCUCGAUAUUCGUGGUGCAGGCCAAGCGAGCCAUCUCUUGCCUCUCUCGAACCAUCAUUUCUCCGGUUCUCUUCGCGGAGCUGUGCGCACGAAUCGAGCCCUCUUCGGCUAUUCCAGUACCAAGAGACGGGGCAUCGCCCCUGCUCGACGCGACGCACGCCCAUCUCCACUGCGCGAAUCUAGCGCCCCUGCUCCUGGACCCGUCUCGGCGCCAAACUUUUUCGCCAGGACAGCUGGCGUUGCUGUUGGUGGGAGAGCUCACGUACGAGCGCUCCGGGCACUUGGAGCAAUGGCUGCCGCUCUUGCUGCAUGCGAUCUUCAUGCAGAUCGACAGCGUGUCGUCCUUUAUGCAAGAACAGAUGAUGAGCAUGCUCGAACAGGUCAUGCGUACAGUAACCUCUGCGCCAACGUCCACCGGCUUCUCGGUCACCUCUCGGACGGCCAAGCAGCAAGUAGAAUCGAUGUUUGCCAAGGGCUCUCCCAGCCUCUUUUGGUCGCACGAUGACUUGAACGUCGACCUCGAUCAGACUCGCACGCCUCGAAUGAUGCGCGCGACCCUCAACGAAUUGCUCGCAGCCUUGGACUCUCUGUAUCCUGGGCUGCGUGCAGAGUGGGGCCGAGUCUCUCUGCAGUGGGCAACCUCUUCUCCAGUCCGUCACAUGGCGUGUCGAUCCUUUCAGACGUUUCGCAUACUCUUGCCUACGACCACGCCGACCAUGCUGGCCGACAUGCUCAAUCGACUUGGCAACACCAUUUCUGAUCCCAGCGUCGACAUUCAGACAUUCGCCUUGGAAGUGCUGUACACGCUUACCGCAGUCGUACGGUCUGCCCCCGUUGGAGAGACGGAGAUUCUCAUUCAGACUUUCUGGUGCUGUCUCGCGUGCCUUUCGACUGCCAACGAGCGAGAGUUUGCGGAAGCCUUGGCCUUGCUGGACGCGCUACUGGACAAGAUCGACAUUGGAUCCCGCGAGACCAUCGACCUGCUCCGCGCGAGGUGCCCCGAAGGCUGGGAAGGGGACGCCGGAUCCAUUCAGACUUUGGUCCUUCGAGGUCUGCGGUCGUCCGGCACCUCGACCGCAGCGUUCAACAUCCUGGCACGCCUCGCAAAGGUCAAGAAUGGCAUGCUGGUAGACUCUACCAACGAUCGCCUUGCCUUCACAUUCGUCGCAGCGCUGCCAUGGUUCUUGCAAUCAUCCGAUGCCCCUCAUACGCAGGACAGCAACGUCUUGCAGCUAGCAGACGACAUUGCUAUUCUGGCCGCCGCUGCGGGCAAGAUGGAUCUUCAACGCGUCGCCACUUCGAUAGUGAAAGCACGGUUCCGCACAAAGGAUGACCUCGUCCGCCAGGCGGUUGGCUGCAUCAAGGAUCAUUAUCUUCCCAAUCUUGGGCCGGACCUCGUCGUGCUGCUCCUCGGCAUUUCCUUGAAUCAACACGAAUGGCUGCGAAAGCAGACUCUGCAGGUCCUCAAAGUCUUUUUCCAAGUCAUCGACACGCGCUCUGGCGCUUUUGCGAAUCUGGGUUCCGAGCUGCUCAUGCCGUUGCUACGGCUCUUGUCAACGCCUUUGUCGGCCGAAGCGCUCGAUGUGCUCGACGAGCCCAUCGUCAUCAAUGGUGGCCCUGCCGCCAACCAGAUCCUGCGCAUGAGCCUGCAAUGGGGCAAACCCAGUCGACGUCGGGAGCAGUCGAGCGACGCCGCCAUCUUUGGAGCGCCAGACGACAGCGGGUGGGCGGUUGCGCACCCUCAAGAAAUGACUACCCGAUCGCGAAUCAAUGUGCAAGCCGUCUUCAAGACAUGCGAGCUGUCGCUUGAGACUGCGCCCGUUGGCGAGGUCAUGUUUGUCGACGAAGGUCCUUCUGACGAUCCGCAAAUUGUCUACUUGGCCAGCACCAACGGCACCGACUCGACCGCGAACAUGGACGAUUUGGGCGGAGCUUUGAACCAAUUGCACGACCUGUCCAAUUUCUUCGUAGAGCCAGACGCACCGAAUCCUAGCGAGACCUCGCAUCAUCUUGCGGCCCAAUUGAACCAUGCCGAUGGCAACUUUGCAGGGCAAGACGACGACGAUGACGACGACGAGCAUAUUGCCCGCAUCAUGGCCCGCUCUGCCUUUGCAAAGGCGGAUCAUGGGAAUGGACCGAGCGCAUACAGCGCAAGCGACAAGGCUGGCACCAUGACGAUCCGCGAAGCCCGCGCUGCGGGCAUGCUACCAAGUCUGGAUCCGCAGCGCAGCGGCUCAUUGAGCGACAGCGAUGCGAGCUCACCUGCUGAUACGACGCCGACCGUAGGCGAUGUCUCGGAAAGUCAUGACCAGUCCCAUUCCCAUUCCCAGUCGCAGCCGCAGCCGCAGCAACGCGGAUGGCGGCCGCUCUUCAGGAGCCGCAAUGCUUUGCCAAGCGCUAACGCGCAGUCAACCUCCGCCCAUAGCCAUGAGCGGUCUCUACACCAGCAACGUGCCGAGCGCUAA